AUGGCCUCCUCUAUUCCCAGCACCUACAAGCAGGCAGUCUUCAAGGAAAAAGACGCCAGUCUGACUCUAGAAGAGGUUGAAUUGAUUCUGCCUAAACGCGAUGAGAUUCUGGUCAAAGUCGAAGCCUGUGGCGUGUGUCAUUCAGACCACUUUGCGCAGGUUAAUCUUAUGGGAGGAGGAUUUCCCCUCGUUCCCGGUCAUGAGAUUAUCGGACGCGUGGCUGCCGUUGGGGAGGGCGAGACCCUCUGGAAGGAAGGAGAUCGGAUUGGAGGUGCAUGGCAUGGCGGGCACGAUGGCACUUGCGGGGCAUGCAAAAAGGGCUUCUUCCAGAUGUGCGAUAAUGGACAAGUCAACGGCAUUUCCCGAAAUGGCGGCUAUGCCGAAUACUGCAUCAUCCGCCGCGAAGCUGCCGUGCACAUUCCCGACCAUGUUAAUGCAGCUAAAUAUGCGCCUAUGCUCUGUGCUGGUGUCAGCGUCUUCAACUCGAUGCGCCACAUGAACAUCCCGCCUGGUGAGGUUGUCGCUAUCCAGGGUUUGGGCGGACUCGGCCAUCUGGCGCUCCAGUAUGCGAAUAAAUUUGGCUACCGUGUAGUGGCGCUCUCGCGGGACUCCCAGAAGGAGGAAUUUGCCCGGAAGCUGGGAGCACAUGAGUACAUUGACACAAGUAAAGAAGACCCCGUUGCUGCAUUGCAGAAGCUGGGUGGUGCUUCCCUGAUUGUGUCUACGGCGCCUGGGCCGGAGAUGAUUAACCCACUGAUUGAAGGGCUUGGUGUGAUGGGGAAGUUGCUGAUUCUGUCCAUUGUUGGUGGUAUUGAAGUGCAUACUGGCCUGUUGGUCGGAAAGGGCAAAUCUAUCUGGAGCUGGCCCAGCGGCCACGCCACCGAUUCCGAGGACGCCAUCGCGUUUGCGGACCUGCAUGGCAUCGAUUGUAUGAUUCAAGAAUUCCCAUUGGAACAGUGCAACGAAGCAUUCGAUGCCAUGAUGGAGGGAAGUGUGCGGUUCCGUGCCGUCAUCACCAUG